AGUGAGAGAAAGUCCGGCGCGAGAGGUGGAUGUGCCGAGAGACCGUGUUCAGUGUCAGAGAGUUAUCGCUCAGCUACAGUCGCUUGUGUGCAAUUAUUGCUUCACAGAACUUUUCCGCAAGUGAGAGAGGCCGAUUUUUAACGGAAAAAAAUAUUCUUUCAAAUCCUCUGUUCUGGAAAAGUCACUUUGAUGGGAUUUUUCAGUUAGACGGAAAAAAAAACAUUUGUGUGUGACGGUUGGAAAAAAAAUCUUCCAAUAUAUGCAUGAAAUUUUAUAUAGGAAGUGAUUUUCCCAACGAAGGUUUCCCCGCAAGAUUUUUCCCGACUGUGCACGAAAAUAAACCAACUCAAGGACUCUUAAAAGUUCAAUUUUUGCUACAUAUAUUCACUUCCCAGUGUAUUUAGCCUUGACAUUGAGUUUGUAAGUAUAUGCGCGCGUGUUUUCGUGCGUGAGUGUGUCCCACGUGUCACUGUGCUCACACAAUGUGUCCCAAAAUUCAAAAUUAAAGGUUUCCUUGUGCAAAAGAAGUAGUAAAAGUAACAGGAUGAUCUACGCGCCAAUUACAAGAUAUUGCAAAUUGAAUUUGUAGAAAAUUGUACAAGUGUUGUAAUCAGAAUGGAAUAUGAAUAAACAAUUAAUUUAAAAAAAAAAUUAAAAGAAAAUAUUUUUAUCUGUAUGUGUUGUGAAGAAGAUUUCAGAGACGAUUUCUGUGAUAAUUUCCGCGAUCAGCGAACAAAAUAAGCGCGACAGAGUUCAAGGUGGGUCAUUUUCGGGUGUAUAUUUUGCGUUGUGGUCGCCUUGAGGCCUCACCAUCGCAGUGUGUAAACCUUGAACCCCGCACGGAAUGUCCGGCUGAGAUACAAGUUUAAAUAUAUUCCGUUUGUCCUCAUAUCAUCAGAAGCUCCUUAACGACUCGUUAACAUAACGACUCCUUAAGCCUUUAGGCGUGGAAGAAGGAUUCAGUGCAGUGGAAUGAAGGAUAGUGUGUGGAUUACGUUAGAAACCUUCAUUAUGUGCUUCUUAGUGGAUUCAGUGUAGAGCCUUAUCACGUUAAUGGACAAUGCAGAGUGUCCCAAAGGACGAUUGUGAGGUUAAGACUGUCCUGUUGACGGGACCACCGGACUCAAAGGUGAUCCUAUCGCCUCGUGUUGAGUUUCACAGAGUUAAAAUGCCCGAACCAACAACAUCCACCCCCCAGCUGGUAUUGGCACGUAGUCAACCAGUUGUGGUGCGUUCGGAGGCACUACCCCCACCCCCACCCCCGCAUCAAGUACGCGUAAUCCGGGAUGGGCGCCUCUAUGAGGAGGCACAGAAAGAUCGUCCGUCGGUCUUUCGGACACCCGUUGUUUCAAGUACCAGCCAACCGAUGAGACCACCACCCCCGCCACCACCGCUCAAGACCAAGACAGCUCCUGAGGAACCAUCGAGCUCCAUACCAGAUCUAGAAUUUGACGGAACGACGGUUCUAUGUCGAGUUUGUGGUGACAAAGCUUCUGGUUUUCACUAUGGCGUCCAUUCUUGUGAGGGUUGCAAGGGCUUCUUUCGGCGAUCGAUUCAGCAGAAGAUUCAGUAUCGGCCAUGCACGAAAAAUCAACAGUGCAGCAUCCUGAGGAUCAAUCGCAACAGAUGUCAGUAUUGUCGCCUCAAGAAAUGCAUCGCAGUUGGCAUGAGUCGAGAUGCCGUGAGGUUUGGAAGGGUGCCGAAGCGCGAAAAGGCACGCAUCCUUGCGGCCAUGCAGCAAAGUACCCAGAAUCGGGGGCAGCAGAGGGCCCUUGCAACAGAGUUGGAUGAUCAACCGAGACUCCUUGCGGCCGUCCUGAGAGCUCACAUGGAAACGUGUGAAUUCACAAAAGAGAAGGUUGCAACAAUGCGUCAGAGGGCCCGGGAGUGUCCAUCCUACUCCAUGCCCACACUGGCUUGUCCGUUAAAUCCAGCCCCAGAACUUCAGUCUGAGCAGGAGUUCAGUCAGCGUUUUGCCCACGUAAUUCGUGGUGUAAUUGACUUUGCCGGUAUGAUUCCGGGCUUUCAGUUGCUCACGCAAGAUGAUAAGUUUACACUGCUCAAGGCAGGCUUAUUUGAUGCCCUCUUUGUACGGCUGAUCUGUAUGUUUGACAGCUCGAUAAAUAGUAUAAUUUGCCUCAAUGGGCAAGUUAUGAGGCGCGAUGCUAUCCAAAAUGGCGCCAAUGCACGCUUCCUCGUUGAUAGUACGUUCAAUUUUGCCGAACGUAUGAACUCCAUGCAGCUGACAGAUGCCGAAAUUGGGCUUUUCUGUGCAAUUGUGCUCAUAACACCCGAUCGACCGGGGCUGCGGAAUGUGGAGUUAAUUGAGAAGAUGUACUCACGACUCAAGGGCUGCCUGCAGACGGUGAUUACGCAGAAGCGACCGGAUCAGCCGGAUUUUAUGGGUGAACUCCUGAAAACCCUUCCGGACUUGAGGACACUAAGUACCCUCCAUACGGAGAAAUUGGUGGUCUUCAGGACGGAGCAUAAGGAGUUGCUGCGACAGCAGAUGUGGUCAAUGGAGGAGGAGGCAAGUAAGAGCCCUGGAUCGAGUUCGUGGGGAUGCGAUAAUAGCGAAGAUGUGGCCAAAAGCCCAAUGGGUUCGGUGUCGAGUACCGAGUCGGGAGAUACAAAUUCCGAAUAUGGACAGAGUUUGUCAACAACGGCACCCCUGUUGGCUGCUACGCUAUCUGGUUGCCCGAUGCGCUAUCGCGCAAAUUCGGGUUCGUCCGAGGAUGAUCUCGUGGGUACGGCCCACCUAACGCAGAAUGGCCUCACAAUUACCCCAGUUGUCAGGUCGACGGGGCACAUUAGGUACAGAAAACUCGACAGCCCAACGGAUUCGGGUAUUGAGUCCGGCAAUGAGAAGGCAGACCAUAAAGCAAGCAGUGGAUCUAGCUGCUCAUCACCCCGUUCAUCAGUUGAAGAUGCAGCUGACGACAAGAAGUACAUGCCAGUGGAAGAUAUGCCCGUCCUCAAGAGGGUCCUACAGGCUCCACCACUCUAUGAUACAAACUCCUUAAUGGAUGAGGCAUACAAGCCGCACAAGAAGUUUCGGGCGAUGCGCCAGAAGGACGCCGAGGCGUCAGAAGCUGAACCAGUGCAGCAACAAUCGCAGCUCCAGAUGCAUUUAACGCGACCCGCCCACCAGUCUUCCCUCUCGAGUACGCAUUCCGUGCUGGCCAAGUCUCUCAUGGAGGAACCCCGAAUGACGCCGGAGCAAAUGAAGCGCACCGACAUCAUUCACAACUACAUUAAGCGCGAAUCCGCAGCUGAGGCAGCCUACCGUAGUCCCCAUCAUCCUGCUGGUGGCUUGCUGGCGUGCAGUCAGGCGUCUGCGGUGUCAACGUGCCCCUUUCCCGCCAGCCGGUGGCCCGUAAUUACAACGGCGCGCCAGCAGACACCCUCCCCAAGUGAUCCCCAUCACUACUUCCAAUCUCCCCACUCCACAUCCACCUCCCCACCGGGCCCGUCGCCCUCAUCGAGCUCCUCAUCCGCAUCACCGCGUCUCAUAGAGCUGCAGGUGGAUAUUGCGGACCCACAGCAACCGCUCAAUCUGUCCAAGAAGUCCCCGACACCACCGCCAGCUGCCAUUCAGCGUGCACCCCUCAUUGCACAGUCGGUGAGUGCCCCACCCCCACCAGCGCCCCAUAAACUCCUCCUUGAGGCUUAAGAAAAGAAAGAAAUUUGUUUAAUUUAUAAAGCAAGCCAGUGCGUGAGAGCACAACAAGAUCUCGUCCUCCAUCAUCGCAGCCAUGCUGCAUCAGUUCCCUUCGGGCUUUUGCGUCUUUUCGGUGUUUUUUCGAAAAUGGGAAAUUUCGAAAUUGUCCCGCAUCUCCCCAUUAUAAAUUUUUCCUUUUGGCAAGGUGCGGGAGGAUCAUGUGCAAUAGUGAAGUGUCGAAAUUCUCACGUUUUUGGUGCUUUCUUUGAUUCCCAUGGAAAAACAAACAAAAUGUUUAAAGUUCGAAAAGAAAAGCGAUAUCGAAAACGAAGGUUAACUGAUUGGCUGUCAAAAUUUCGAAAAUUUUUAUGGAAUGUUUUGGAAAGAAAAAAUCUUGUUUUUGAAUUUUUAUGUUCGAAAUUUUUUUUUGAUUCGAUGUGUUUUCGAAUGAAUCUGAGUUCGAAAGUUUACAGAAAGGGACUGUUUGUGUAGAAGGUUUCUAUACCAAAAACUCAAGAAAUGAGUUUGAAAGAAGAAAGAAAAUAAAACAGUUCUGGUGUUUUCGAUGUUCGAAAAUGUGCCCAAAAUGUCUUCGAAAAAAUGUUUAAAAGUGUAUUCGAAUACAUUUUUUAAUGUUUUCGAGUGCAUAUUCAAAAUUUUGUUCGAAAACACAUUUAAUAAUUUCUUCGAAUUAUAUUCGAAAAUUUAUUCGAAAAUCUGUUCGAAAACUUCCUAAACCACAAAAAUAUAAAAAUUUCGUAAAAAAUUCGAAAACAGCUGUCAACCUUCGUAUUUCGAACGAUUCGCAUUCGAACAAAUCCACGAAAAUUUCGCAAAAGCCCAAAGAAACGUAUGUCGUAUGGCUUGUACCCUCAGCAAGCCUGAAGGUACAACACACAAACACUGUAUAAAACAAACAAACUUGAUCACUUUCGAGAGCUUAGAAAAGAAACGUGGAAAUGUGUUUUGAUUUCUCCCAUUUUCCGGGGGAUUUACUUCUCUCCCCACCAAAUGACAUUCUCUCUUAAGGACCCCACGUUCUCUCGAAAAAAAAAUUAAAUUUUUAUUAUUAAUUAAUAAAAACAAACACAAAACACAACAAAAUGGUGGAGUAUUGAAAACCAAAUAAUUUAUUCGUAUUUGUAUGAUAAGAAAAAAAAUGAAUUCUUGAGAAGAAUAUUAAAAAAAAAAGAAAAAUAAUAUAAAAAACCCAAAAAAUUGCUAAAAAUAUUAUAAAAUAAAUGAUAAAAAAAAUGAAAAUUUCCUUCUCAGAAAUGCCAGAAAUCAAUUAAGAAACAGGAUUUAGGAUGAAAAUAAAAAUGAAAAACUUUUAGACAGUUUGAGAGAAAAAUAAAUGAAAAUCAGUGUUAUUAAGAAAAUCAACUUUUUAGUAAAAGAAAAAUGUGAAAAAAAAACUUUUAAACAUGGGUUACAUACAAAACUCUUUUUUUUUUCGUAGAUUGACUUGUAGUGUGAAGUUUACAAAGAAGAUGAAAAAAACAAGAACAAUACAGAAGUAAAAAUAAUAAAAAAUGAAAUAGAUGGAAAAAACAAAAAAAAAAACAGACAUAUUUAAUGCAUAAAAAAAUGAAUAAAAAAUGUGUAAAUGUGUUUAGAGUGCAUGUUUUCAAUUAAUAUCCCAUUUUUAGUGAUAAGGAAUCAAGUAUAAAUAUUUAGAAUUAUAUUUUAGAGUGGGAAAGUGGAGUGAAAAAAAAUUUUGAGGUUAUGAGGAACCAUUUUUGACGGUUUUAACGGUUAAAUGAAGUGAAAAAAAGGCAAAGCCUUCGGUAACGGAGGUGACAGCUGUUGCGGGAGGGGGGUUAAAAUGUGAGGUUAUAGGAUGUUGUUUUUUUGACAGUACAGUGAAAAAAAUAUCCAUAUUGCAUUACAAUUUAAUUAAAAAAAAGAGAAGGAUGAAAAAAACAUAAAAUAGUAGUUUAUCUUAAAUCUAUGAUAUAGCAUUAAAGGAAAGAAGAAGAAGAAAAAACCAUUUUAAGUAUAUAUUAUUGAAAAGGAAAGAAAAAAACAAUGAAGUUGCAGCGAGACAUUGAGGUUAUGUCAAAUGAAAAUGAGACAUUUUUUUGAAACUUGACAGCUCAACUUUUCAUUUUCUUUCUUCGGACAAAAAAUCACAAAAACCAACGCGAUAGAAUGUAGAGAGAAAGAGAGAGAAAAUGGUGAAGAAAAUGUUUGAAAAUCAGUCUCACAAACUCAAAUGAAAAUCUACAAAAAAUCCUCCCUUAAAAUCCAAUAAAUAAAUUAAGGAAGAAAACAACAUUUUUUUUUUUGAGGUUAGAAACAAGCAAACACAGCAAAAAUGGCGGAGGAGGAAGAGAAAGAUCUCUACAGAGAGAGAAUUUGCGAUGAAAAAAUAACUCGUAGGAUUGUUUUUUUUUUAUUAGUUUGUUAAACUAUGUUUUUUUCUUAAUUUUAUAAUUUAAAAAAAAAUUGAGAAAUUUUCUUAUUAAUUAUUGUAUAAUGGACACAAAAAGAACUGAUUUUUUUUCUUUUUAGUUUUAUGUUUUAAUAAUGAGUUUUUUUUUUAAUGGGGAGGACUUCUACAAAUGUUGAGAUUUUUUUUUAGGAAAAAUGAAAAAAAAAACUACCUAUAAUUAUUUCACAUUUUUCUCGAUAGCUCAUCAAGAAAUAAAAGAAAAAACAUUUUUUUUUAAUUUAGUAGCUCCGCAUAGGAUUUUUAUUUUCUAGAAGAAGACAGAGUUUAAAUUCUUUUCAUUUUAUUUAGUUUUAUAAAUACAUUUUUAAUAGAAAUAUUUACAAUGAAAUAAAAAGAAAAAAAACACAAAAAAGAUCAUCAAGAGAAAGUGAAAAAGUUAUUUAAGUGAGAGAAAGGAUCAGAGUUAGAUAAAAAAUAAAAAAAAGAGAAAAAAAAUUAAAUGAGAAAGAAAAAAUGAGUAAAGAUACAAAAAAAAUGUGCGAUUUUAAUAAUUUAAUGUGUAAUAUAUAUUGAGAGAUAAAAACACUAUAUGUUAAUGAGAAAAAAAUUUAAUUAUAGGAAGUAUAAUUAUAAAAGAAAAAACAAAUACUAUAUUAAUUAUUGAUAAAAAUAAAAAUCAAAUAAACAAAAUUUUUAGGAUCGUUCUUUCUUGUGCGAUAGUAGGACCAAUAACUAAGGAAAAUUUAUUUGUCAAACGAGGGAGCAUCAAAAAACUUUUUUUUUUCGUUGUAAAACAUACUUUAGUGAUGAUGAAAAAUAUAAUUUAAAAAAUAAUUUAA